AUGCGAGCAAAUGACAUAAUUCAAGAUGCUCAGAUCCAGACAGGCGAUGUGAAGCUGCUGAAAGAGGCAGAUGUUGUGCUGUCAAAGAGUCCUUUCGUUCCUGUAAAGGAGAUGAAGAGGCUGUUCAACCUGUACAGUGACAACAUUUACAUCACCGAUCCUUCCCGUAAGAACAUGUACCUCGAUGGAUCAGCUAUGCUGGGCCUCGGGCCCAGCACUUUUGGGUUCGGAACCCUUUCAGUCGGUCAAGGAGGAGCCGUGCCUGAGAGCAAAGAGACCCUCAGUUACUUGUACAGGAAUGAGGCGCUGGACAACCUGGAUGCCCUCCAGGCAGAGCUAAAGUUCAUCCUGAAGCAGGGGGAAGCAGGGAAGACAGAGGACAUGCAAGAUCUGAGGACAUACAUGAAGAAAUUGCUGGACAGUUUUGACAAGUAUCUCAAGACACUACCCGAGGCUGAUGUGGGGCAGGCGAGCAGAUAUGCGGACAUGAAGAAGUAG